UGAAUUGUGGGAAAGUGCAGGUCUUCGCCUUCUGUACACGGGUGCUGAUGGCAGCUUUGUUUUUUGCUUGUCUUUCCUCCAAGGAGAUGAUAGAAGGUGACACAGAGCCCAAAAUGUCAGGAAUGAUGCGAAGCUCAGGGCAAAGCUGCCACCAUGCUCCUCAGGAAUACAGAUUCCUGCCUCCUACCGGAGAUGAUGACCUCCCUGGGGACCUACAGUCACUGUCGUGGCUCACAGCUGUGGAUGUGCCUCGGCUGCAGCAGAUGGCAAGCAGCCGGAUGGAACUGGGCAGCCCCAGUGUGCCACAUCCACACCCAGGUGCCUUGACUGGGGCGGCUGACCUGCAUGUGGGUGCCACCCCAGGUCCCCUGCUCCGUGGCCCGGCUGCCAUGGUCCCCAGAGGCAUGCUGGGCCUGGGCCCCAUAGCCAGCCAUAGAGCCAGCGUAAGUCAGAUGAGCCAGCUCCCCUUGGGGGGCCAGUCGUCAUCCAGCCUACAGGAGGUACCACAGCUGUACUCGCCUGCCACCCAACUCCAGUUCCCACUGCCCCAGGGGGCCCAGCAGUGCCCUCCUGUGAACUUCUAUGGCUCUCCAUUUGCAGCACGGCCUCCCUACCCACAGGCCCAUGUGGCGGUACAUUCAUCUCAGGAGCUGCACCCCAAACAUUACCCCAAGCCCAUCUACUCCUACAGCUGUCUGAUCGCUAUGGCCUUGAAGAACAGCAAGACAGGCAGCCUGCCAGUGAGCGAGAUCUACAGCUUCAUGAAAGAACACUUCCCCUAUUUCAAGACGGCACCAGACGGUUGGAAGAACUCAGUGAGGCACAACCUGUCACUGAACAAGUGCUUUGAAAAGGUGGAGAACAAGUCCAGUGGCUCCUCACGCAAGGGCUGCCUCUGGGCCCUGAACCUGGCGCGAAUUGACAAGAUGGAGGAGGAGAUGCAUAAGCGGAAGAGGAAAGACCUUGCCGCCAUCCACCGCAGCAUGGCCAACCCGGAGGAGUUGGACAAGCUGAUCUCAGACCGACCAGAAAGCUGCAGGCGUCCUGGCAAACCAGGAGAGUCUGAGGCCCCUGUGCUAACUCACACCACCACGGUGGCCAUGGCCCACAGCUGUCUGGCUAUCUCCCAGCUCCCACCACAGCCUUUGAUGACCCUGUCCCUGCAGGCUGCUGGGGACUUCCUCAACAUCAGCACCGACAUGAGCACCGAGGUGGAUGCCCUGGACCCCAGCAUCAUGGACUUCGCUCUGCAGGGCAACCUCUGGGACGAGAUGAAGGAAGACAGCUUUAAUUUGGACACACUGGGGGCGUUUGGAGACUCCUCACUUGGCUGUGACUUGGGGGCCCCAGGCCUGACACCUGUCUCUGGUGGCAGUGACCAGUCCUUCCCAGAUGUACAGGUGACAGGUCUCUAUGCCACAUAUUCUACCCCAGACAGUGUGGCCCCAUCAGUGACGACCUCUACUCAGUACCUGAGUGCCCCAGGGAACAAGCCCAUAGCCCUGCUUUGA